CAAGGGUUUUCUUGGGCAGCUUUGACACGGCGCAAAACGCGCUCGUCGUCGACGACGUGUCAAGAUGGGCUGCACGAGCAGCACUCUCGAGGUUCAGCCUGUACAGCCCUGCGAACCCAAAAGAGGGCUGCCAAGAUUGCUUGGUGCCAAGACUGGUCUUGAAUUCCAAGUAGAAGGGAGAGGUUCAGAAGCCAAGUCACCAGAAGAAUGCCGAAGCCGCAGCAACAAGGCCUUUGGACCGAGCUGGGAGUUGGAGUUGCUUCGAGUCGGUGAGAGGCUGAAGAAAAAGCUCCAAGAUCCACACUUCGUAGCUACUCGUGUGAGUGAGUCUGAUGACCUGGAACUACACCAGCUGCAGCAGGCCCUCAAGGUCUUUGGGAUGGACACAAAGGACCUAAGCAGUUCUGCGUUCCAAGAAAACCGCAUCAGCAAGGAACACUUUGCUCAGAUGGUGUCCGCGCAUGCUCCUCGCGCGUCGCUGCAUCGAAGUGUCCCACACUCUUGCGUGGCAUGGGCUUGGGUCAACUACAUCGCUUGGAAAGCCUCUUCAUCGACACUGGCUGGUUGGCUGCACAGUGCAGAUCCUUCAACCGAACCCAUUCAGAGGCCAUCCAAGGGGGCAUGGAGCUGGCACGAGCUCCAGAUCUCUAUGGAAUGGACACUUUUGUGGUCACUCCUUUGUCCAAGCCUGGGCCUUCUACCGCCCGGGAACACGAUGCCAAUGGCGUGAUUCCAUGUGCACAUCGAGCGUCUUCCUUUUCAGAGUUGGUGAAUCCUCAUGGGCUGUAUGUCCACUGCUUUGUCUCGCACUUCUGGGGAAACUUGUUCAAAAGCACGGUCAAGGCCCUUGGUCUGUGGGCGAAGGCCAACUUUGAGAGGAUGCAAGCUGGGCAGGCGGAAUCUUUAGUGUUUUGGAUUUGUCUCUUCGCCCUGAAUCAACAUGAUGUUACUGAAGAGCUGGGAGAGAAUCCACUGCAAGCGCCCUUCAAUGCAGCCCUGGCACACGCUGAAGCUGGUGCAGUGAUGAUUCUGGAUGAGGACGUCAAUCCAUUGAAGCGUAUUUGGUGUCUCUUCGAAAUCUCGCGACUGAACGACCUGCAAAAGCCCUUGGAGCUCAUCACGCCCUUGGGGCCCUUGUCACAGGUCCCAGAGAAGUCAGAUGUGACAGGCUUCCUGCAUUCCACUUGCAGGGCCUUGUCGGAGGUGUCAGCUAGAAAGGCAACGAGUUCAGUAGAAGCUGACAAGUACCGUAUUUGGGCAACAGUGGCAGACAGGGCGGGGAGCGAAGUGGAGCGAGGGCUAGGAUUGAGCCAGGAAUUCUCCAAAUUUGACGACCAAAUUCGCUCGCUGCUGUCUACAAGCAUGCUAGACAUUUUCGUGGCCAGGGGGGAGUACGCCUCAGCAGCGAAGUGCUGUGAGUAUGGAGCCUCCUUUGCCAAAGAGCACCUCAGCCUCAUUUGCUCGAGCUUUGCCAGCGGCCCAGAGCGCACGAGCUGGUUGAACGCUUUGCUCCUGAAGUGCACAGAAGCUCCUACCGCCAAGCUGCUGCUGGAGAACCAUGCUGAUGUUUGGGCCUCCCACCACGAUGGGACCACCGCGUUGAUGCGUGCUGCACGCGGCGGCCAUGAGUCAGUUGCAUUGCUCCUGCUAGAGUAUGGUGCGGGACGACCUAGUGCUGAUCAUGAUGACAUAGUGCUGAUGGCGGCUGAUCAUGAAGCUUGCUGUUGGCCAAUGACCUUAGUCGAUGUGGAAUAUGACUCCGCAGACGUGGAGCUGCCGUUCUUAUCAGAGUCUGACUUGGAGGAAGCGGACGUUUCUACGGGACAUGAUCGUGGCGAUGCAGAAGGCGCGGACAGUGAGGGCAACACUGCUCUGAUGACAGCGGCUAUGGAAGGGCAUGAGUCCAUGGUGAAGUUGCUGUUGGAGCACCGGGCUGAUGCGAGAGCUGCCAACCACGACGGUGCCACUGCCCUGAUGGCAGCUGCUCUUCGUGGCCACGAGUCCAUGACGAGGCGACUCCUCGAGCACCGUGCUGAUGUAGGAGCUGCAAACAAUGAUGGUGCCACCGCGCUGCUUGUCGCGGCUCUUCGUGGGCAUGAGUCCAUAGCUAAGCUACUGCUGGAGCAUGGUGCUGAUGCAGGGGCUGCAAGCAACGAUGGCGCCACAGCACUGAUGACAGCUGCCCUUCGUGGGCGCGAGUCCAUGGCCAAACUACUGCUGGAGCACCGUGCUGAUGCACGAGCUGCGAACAAUGAUGGUGCUACUGCUUUGAUGACCGCGGCUACGGAAGGGCACGAGUCCAUGGUGAAGUUGCUGUUAGAGCACCGGGCUGAUGCAGGAGCCGCCAACGACGACGGUGCCACUGCCCUGAUGGCAGCUGCUCUUCGUGGCCACGAGUCCAUGGCCAAGCUACUCCUUGAGCAUCGUGCUGACGCAGGAGCUGCAAGCAACGAUGGUGCCACUGCCCUGAUGGGUGCUGCUACAGAAGGGCAUGAGUCCAUGGCGAAGCUACUGCUGGAGCAUCGUGCUGAUGCAGGGGCUGCUAACAACAAUGGUGCGACUGCUCCAAUGGCAGCUGCUUUCUUUGGGCAUGAGUCCAUGGCGGAGCUGCUGUGGGAGCAUAUGUCGUGCUGCAGUUUGGAUCCCUUCGAAUGAUUGCAUGCUGCAUGUCCACCUGUUUUGCAAGGGAAGCGGA